GCAGUAUUACCACCGUUUCAACCUAUAUUAUUCUAAAUUUUUUUUUAAAUCAUGUAUACACCACACACGCAUGUUCGUUCGUGUCCGACAGACAAUAAUUCGUGUAGGUGGGAAUAAGUACAUGUGUACGCACUAAUGAUCGGGCCUUGUAAGUAUACGAAGUGAAAGAUAAAGUAGAAAAGAGGGAAAGAAAUAGAACGAACCAAGUGAAAAAGUGGAAAAGAGAGAAGGAAAGGAAGAGGGAGGGGGGGAGUGAACGGUGUUCCAGUGGAAGUACUGUGCAGUGGCAGAGGACCGCGGUGGCGGCGGUGGUGAUUCAGACCUCCUUAUCAAUCUUGAAAAGUCUUGGUGAAGUACAGGGAAUGAUUCGUCGACAUCGGGCGUCGAUUAUAUGUUCGAAAUGAGUGCGAGAAGACAAGAAAAAGGGAGGAGUGGAAACGCCGUGAGAACGAAAGAGAAAUCUCGACACUAAGGGAGGUCGAGACAGCGAGCCAAAAGUGAGAAAGAGAGGUAGGGAUUCGCGGAUGCGGCGCGGUGUCUCUGCACCCGUGCGUGAAUCACGCUUUGGAGGCGCUCGUCUGCCCUCCGUUUUCGAGUACACCCUAUACUCACGACAUUGACCCAAUCGAGGACGCCUGCGAGUAUUUGCAAUUGAACAAGACCUUAAGCGAGUAGUACCGAUUAACUUCUCGAAACUGUCACCCACGAGGAGGGGCAUUUUUGCUCCGUUUCGUUUUCAUGUUCCCUACCGGGCGUCGAAAGUCUUUCUAUCCGUGCUCGUGAUACAGAGCCGGUAUUAGAAACAUCGGUCAGACAACGUCCACUAGACUGAAAAAAAGUCACCUCCUCUCUUGAUAACAGAAGUGAAUGGAUCUUAGGAUCUCAUGUUUUCAAGAGAGAACUUGGUGGUCUUAUCAACAUAAAGGAUUCUGUAUAUACUGUGAUUUAAGAAACCCUUAGUAUUUUGAAAUUUGCUUAACGUCACGACAAUCGUGGCAGGAAGCAGUAGAGUUAAGCAAAUUUUUGAGUAAAAGUAUAGAAACACAGCAACGUAGAAUAGACUGGCAACAAAGAGACAAGAGAAAAGACAACAUGUCAGAUGAAGAAGACAAACCUCCCGCACCUCCUGUGCGACUUACUUCAAACAGAGGCGAAUCGGCACCUAAUCUGCCAGUGGACAUGCGUCCAUUGCCCAAAGAACCUGAUUCUGAUGAACGUAAGAAAAAAACAUUAAAAAGCAAAAUGAAGGUAAAAGAGAACAAAGAUAAACCCAACAUCAGUUACCCCACCAAUUUUGAACAUACGGUACAUGUUGGAUUUGAUGCAGUUACCGGUGAAUUUACGGGAAUGCCAGAGGCUUGGGCAAGGUUGCUUAUGUCUAGUAACAUCAGUAAACAAGAACAGAAGAAGAAUCCACAAGCUGUAUUAGAUGUUUUGAACUGGUAUGACAGUAGUAGUAAGGAAACGAAAGGUUCUAAAUAUAUGACAACAACAAAAAUGGUUGGAGUAGUUGCUCCCAUUGAAAGAGCAAGUAGUCCCAGAAGCAUGGGUAUAAGCAUUGGAACAGGAGUAGGAAAUAUUCGUGGUCAAGCAAUGUCACAAACUUCUGGAAGUUCCCAUUCUCAACAUUCACUUAGCAGAGUAAGUAGCAGUAGUCCAAGUAGUACGCCAACAGACGCUUGUGCAACUAGUUCCGAACAAGAGGAUGAACCUCCACCGCCACCAAUUUCUGCUAGACCAGAACGUACAAAAUCAAUUUAUACUAAGCCCAUAGAAGAAGAACCGCCUCCACCAUUAACUACUACGUUAGGUUCGCCUCAACGAAAUGGCACACCACAGCAACCACAUCAAUCGCAACUGGACAGAAACAAAAAUCAAGCAACUCCUACGUCAACGACAACCGAUCAAACGAGACCAGCACAAAGCGAUAAAGCUAGAAAGAAAAAGAUGUCGGACGACGAAAUAUUAGAAAAACUAAGAACAAUUGUAAGCGUUGGAGAUCCUAAUAGAAAGUAUACAAAAAUGGAAAAAAUAGGACAAGGUGCCUCGGGAACAGUAUACACGGCGAUCGAGACAUCAACAGGGAUGGAAGUUGCAAUAAAACAAAUGAAUCUUUCAUUGCAGCCGAAGAAAGAGUUAAUAAUAAACGAAAUAUUAGUUAUGCGGGAGAACAAACAUCCAAACGUUGUAAAUUAUUUGGAUAGUUACCUUGUAGGAGAAGAACUGUGGGUAGUUAUGGAAUAUUUACCUGGUGGUAGUUUGACAGAUGUUGUGACUGAAACUUGUAUGGACGAGGGUCAAAUAGCGGCAGUGUGUAGAGAAGUCCUACAAGCUUUGGAGUUCCUUCAUUGUAAUCAAGUUAUACACAGAGAUAUUAAAUCUGAUAAUAUCCUGCUCGGAUUAGACGGUGGAGUAAAAUUAACAGAUUUUGGAUUUUGUGCACAAAUUUCACCGGAACAAAGUAAACGAACUACUAUGGUUGGUACACCAUACUGGAUGGCACCAGAAGUAGUUACAAGAAAACAAUAUGGUCCAAAGGUUGACAUCUGGUCGUUGGGUAUAAUGGCUAUUGAAAUGAUAGAGGGGGAACCACCAUACUUGAACGAAAAUCCAUUACGAGCGUUAUACUUAAUUGCAACAAAUGGAAAACCCGAAAUUAAAGAGAAGGAUAAGCUAUCAGCAAUUUUUCAAGAUUUUCUAGAUCAAUGUUUAGAAGUUGAAGUGGAGAAACGAUCGGCAGCUUCAGAAUUACUCAAGCAUCCUUUUCUGAAACUAGCAAGGCCACUUGCUUCUUUAACGCCUUUAAUAAUGGCAGCAAAGGAAGCUGCUAAAGGUCAUUAGCGGCAGAAUUCUUAUUGGCGUUUCUGGCCGUGCAUUAUGACCAGAAAAAUAAGUUUGCAAAUAAAAAAAAUGAAUCACCCUCCCAGACGGAACGGCACAAUAAUUUAAUAAUAUAUAAUAAAUAAUGAAUAAACAUAUAUAAACAUAUAUAUAUAUAAAUAUAUAAAUAUGUAUAUAUACA